AUGGCCAAAAGAAAGUUACCGACAGAAGUUUACUGUGAAACUGAAAAUAGAUGUGAACAGUUUUAUUUUGACACCUUGAAUACUGACAGUGAUAUAGAUAGUGAUAACGUUUGUACUGAUUCUGGUAGUGACAGUUCCAGUGACGCGACGAGUGAGGCAAUUGAAUUGUUAGCGGUCAUAAGAGCGGUGCAAAAAUUUAGAUUAUAUCUUUUAGGAGUUAAAUUUAAGUUAGUUACGGAUUGCGAAGCGCUGAAAAAAACGUUAUAUAAACAAGACAUAGCACCUAAGGUCGCGAGAUGGGCGUUGACGUUGGAGGAGUUCGAGUACGAGGUCGAACAUCGGUCGGGAUCACAAUUACGUCGAUGCGUUAAGUCGACAGGAAAAAGACGACCGAAUUCGAGCAAUAAAGCAGGUGUUAAGGAGCGAACCCUACGAAGAUUACGAGUUGUGGUCCUGCCGACUUCAAUGUGCAAUGAUGUGAUCCGGGGAGAGCACGAGAAUGGGCACUUUGGAGUAAAAGAGAUGGCUGAAAAGAUUGCCGAAGAGUUUUAUAUACCAAAUUUGACGGGGAAGCUGGAAAGGUAUGUAAAAUGUUGCAUACCCUGCAUACUAGCCGAAAAAAAAGAAGGGGAAAGUAGAAGGAGAACUCCAACCGAUACCCAAAGGGGACUUGUAGAUGGAUUCUCCAAGUUUGUAUGGAUAUAUCCCACUAAGACCGUCAAAACAGCAGAAGUGUUGGACAGAUUGAAGCUACAGCAGAAGACGUUCGGAAACCCGACGCGGAUAAUUUCGGACAGAGGGACUGCAUUCACGUCGAGCGAAUUUCGUGAGUAUUGCACCGGAGAAAAUAUAGAGCACAUACUCAUCACCGCAGGAGUGCCACGGGGCAACGGCCAGUUGUCGUUAGAUAAUCCGGACAGGUGGUAUCGGUAUGUAGACAAGGUGCAGCGCAGCAUCAACAGCACCUACCAACGUAGUGUAGGGAUGUCUCCGUUCGAGGUUAUGUUUGGGAUGAGAAUGAAACAGCGGGAAGACUGUAAAAUUCUGGAUCUCAUUCAGCAGGAACCGACGGAGCUAUUUAAUGAGUUUGGGCCCGGUCUCAAAAUAAAGGCGAAGUUUCUGGGGCCCUACAAGGUAACCAAAAUAAAACGAAAUAACAAGUACGAAGUUGUUCGUAUAGAAGAUAGAGAAGGUCCGCGGCUCACGUCAACGUCAGCUGACUUCAUGAAACGAUACGGGAGUAUCUCUUCGGGGGACGAAGAGGAUGGAGCAGGAAUGGCUGAAUGA